AGCUCGUAUCCUGAUGUGAAAUUACAUGAGAAGAAAUAUCUUUGCUCAGGAGGAUUUAUUGGGUAUGCUAAGGACGUGUAUGAAAUUAUUUCCCACAAUGCAGUAGCAGAUAACGAUGAUGACCAGUUAUAUUACACUAAAAUAUUUCUAGACAAAUCUCUCCAGGAGAAGUGGAAUAUAAAAUUGGAUAAAAGAUCAGAAAUAUUUAUGAACCUACAUGGAGCUCUUGAUGAUGUCAUGUUAAAGUAUAAAGGGCAGCACAGUUUUCUCUACAAUGUUAAAACAGGCACAGUUCCCAUUGUUAUUCAUGGAAAUGGACCAAUUAAGCCAGAGUUUAACAGACUUGCUAAUUAUUUAGCGGACAGUUGGACAUCAAGUUCAGGAUGUAUUGCUUGUCAGGAAGAUACCAUUAAUCUUGAGGGAUUGCUGGAAGAGGAUUAUCCAUCUAUUGUACUGGGAAUGUUUGUGGAGCAUCCAACACCAUUUCUUAGAGAAGCCUUACAGAAGAUUGCAGCAUUAGAUUAUCCUAAACAGAAAAUUGAUUUCUUUAUUCAUUCAUCAUUAAGAAAUCACCAGAAUGAGAUAGAUUUAUUCUUGAACAAGGUUGGAAUAUUGUACAAGUCUGUCAAUACUAUAGGUUCAUAUGACAGUAUUGGUGAAGCAGCAGCCAGGAACUGGGCCAUAGAAGAAUGUAUAAAGAAAGAUUGUCAGUAUUUCUUCAACGUGGAUGGUGAUGUUCAUCUUGAAAAUGAUCAAACAUUAAAACUAUUGAUACAUCAGAACAGAUCAGUUUUAGCUCCACUUGUUACUAGACGUGGUAAGGCGUGGUCUAAUUUCUGGGGAGCUCUCAGUGCCACAGGUUUCUACGCUCGCUCGGAAGACUACAUGGAUAUUGUACAUGGUGAUAAAAUUGGAUUAUGGAACGUUCCAUAUAUGACAGGGGUGUAUCUUGUGCAAGCACAUGUUUUACCUGCAUUGAGAAAUGGGUAUGACUCUGACAGUCUGGAUGCUGAUAUGGCAUUAUGUAAAACUCUGAGAGAAAAGGGUUAUUUUAUGUUUGUUACAAACAGGAAAGAGUUUGGUUACCUGAUCAACUCAGAUGGAGCACAGACUGGUAGACUUCAUAUUGAAUUAUGGGAAAUAUUUAAUAACCCGUACGAUUGGGAGAAACGAUACAUACACCUAAAUUAUUCACACAGUUUAGCAGAAAAUGCUGUCAUAGAACAGCCAUGUCCUGAUGUGUUUUGGUUCCCGGUUAUGACAGAAGUGUUUUGUGAUGAGAUAGUAGCAGAGUUAGAAAAUGUCAACAUUUGGUCGGGUGGCAAGAGCGAGGACGCAAGAUUAAGCAGUGGGUACGAGAAUGUUCCCACCGAUGACAUACAUAUGACACAGAUUGAUCUGCAAGAUGAUUGGCUUGAAUUCUUGAGAAAAUAUGUAUCUCCUCUACAGCUAAAAGUUUACCCAGGCUUUUAUUCAGAUCCUCCUCGAGCUAUAUUAAACUUUGUAGUGAAGUAUAACCCAGAGCGUCAGAAAGAGCUGCGGCCCCAUCAUGAUUCAUCUACGUUCACCAUCAAUAUUGCCCUCAAUACUCCAAAACUAGACUACGAGGGUGGUGGCUGUAGAUUUCUGCGGUAUAACUGCAGCGUAACAGAGUCACGUAAAGGAUGGAUGAUAAUGCACCCUGGGAGACUGACUCACUAUCAUGAAGGACUGCCUACAACCAAAGGAACAAGAUAUAUAUUUGUGUCAUUUGUUGACCCAUAAGUGCUCACUGCUACUCGUUUUUCUCACAAUUUUUUUUUUUUCAAAUUUUGUGUAUUUUUAUAUUGUGACAUGUUAAACAUGACAUGAAAGUUUAAGGUAUGAAACAGCUGAUAAAGUUUAUGUGAUUCAUUUUUUGUAUAUAUUUUUUCUAAAUCUGUACUUUUUUUGAUAAAAGUUGAUUUUACAUUCAAGCCAAUUUCAGUUGUAUUUUUUUUUAUUGAUGAAGACAUUGUAGUGUUCAAGGUACAUUGUAAUUUUUUUUUUUGGUAUGUAAUCAUACAAUAAAUUUCUU